AAGCCAAUUUUAAUCUGGACAUACCUGGUCGGGACCAGGUUAUGAGUUUAGACUAAGUUACCAUGGUGAUAUAGCCGCUUCAAAAGCGCUACCUUCGUUGAACAGGCAAGCCCGGCUUUACACUCAACACAGCUCGCGAACCCACUAAACGCGCUUCGCAGUAUACCCCCUAAAUCUAAGAAGCAUAACAUGACCUUACCGCCCGCAGUGGACCAUCAAGCAGUGAAAAAAACAACAACUUGUUACAGCAGAGGUGUUUGGUCAUGCCAUUUCAAGACUCUGCCCCUUCAGAGGAGAAUCAGGCUGUUCAUCUUUACUUUUUCCUGGAGCCAUCUUCUGUUUCUUCCUAAAGAAGUCAAGACGAUGACAGUAAUGAAGAUGGAUGCAACAAUGACAGCAAGCAAAACCCCGCAGAUGAUUGCUGUUGAAGAGGAUGACAGUCAAUGGAACGUUUGUGUAUGUUUCAGGUGGCAAAUGGGGAUACACCAGUGCAGAUGGAGAAACUCACUGGUCCAAAAAAUUCUAUUACUGUGGUGGACCUGGGCAAUCACCAGUAGACUUCAAGGCAGAGGACCUGGUGUAUGACCCGAUGUUACGGCCAAUUAAGGUUCACAACUAUAACCAGACGGGUAAAGGGAAGCUUGUUAUGGAAAAUACCGGAAAGUCACUAAAGAUAUCACUUCCCUCAACAAUGAACAUCUCUGGCCUCUAUCACAGCUACUCUGCAGCUCAGCUUCACCUCCACUGGGGCUCAGAGGCCAAGCCUUUUGGCUCCGAGCACACGGUCAAUGGCACACAGCAUGCUGCAGAGUUGCACAUUGUACACUACAAUUCAGAGCGGUACCCCAAUAUUACCAUGGCUUUUGACAAAUCUGACGGGCUGGCUGUGCUGGGUGUUUUCAUUCAGAUUGGUGCCUUUAAUCCAGCCUAUGACAAAUUUAUUAAGCACCUCAGUAAAAUCAAAUACAAAGAUACAAAAACAAAAAUCAGUGCAUUCAACAUCAGAGAGCUCAUGCCUAGUAAUCUGAAAGACUUUUACCGCUAUGACGGCUCACUGACGGUUCCCCCAUGCUACCCAAGUGUACUGUGGACAGUGUUCAGGAAUCACGUUACCAUCUCGAAGGCUCAGUAUAAAACCCUGACAACAGCUCUCUUUGCCACCGGAGCCAAAGAAAAGAAAGCUGUUCCUCUUACAGGCAACUACAGGAAUCCCGUCCCCUUGGAACACCGAGAUGUCCUGACAUCCUUUAGGGAUGGGGUGUUUCACACUAAGUAUGCCCUGUGUGGCCUCUUGAGAAGGAAAUUUGUAAAGAAUCUGCUGACCGUCGACUUGGACGAUGUACUAGACAUUGCGCACCUCCUGCCUAACAGUACUCGGUUGAUCCUCGAACAAGAAGUGGCAGCUCAAAUGAAGACACAGAAUAAGCGACCAUCAACGUCCAGUAAGAUUCAGGAUCUUGCCAAGCCAGCUUUGGCCUUUGGUACAUUGCUGGUUCAAAAGGCUGCUGAAGUCAAACAAUCCACUGUGCCAAUGGAUGUGCCUACUGCUCUCGCCAAGGAGCUUUUACCUCAACUCAACCUGAGGAGCUACCUGGCCUGUAAGGCAGACAUUGCUCCUGAAACCAUCAAAUAUCUCCUCACUGGAGGGCCCAUUGAUGUAGAUGGGAAUCAAGCAUUGAUGCUUGACCCUACCAUUAGUGGUGGUAAUAAUCUGUAUUCUUGGCUUUUUCCAGUGUGGCAAGAUUAGAGAGAUCGUUGAGUCUCCUAUGUCGCAUUCUGUCACACAGCCUUGUGUGUGUUGCAUAAUAAAAGAAAGCUUUACUGGUGCUCUGCAUUCCUCUGGCAUAUCAUCUUCUGUUCAACUUUUUCAGUUGCAGCAAAUGUAAUCAAAGUUAAGUGACACAUUUCAGUUUAUGCACAUAUUCAUAAUAUAUAUAAUAUUGAUCUGUAAUUAGGGACGUUUAUUUACAUUUGUGCCAUAAAAUUAAGCAAAAUGAGAUAUGUAAUGGGCUUUGGGUUCUUGCUUCCCAGAAUUCCCUACCUUGCUAUUUCCUUGACCUUUAA